GAAGUCACUGCGGCUCAUCAGCCACCACAAACCACAACACGGCACAGACGCCAACAUGCAUGCCACGAAGAAGGCAGUCUGUUGGAGACUUUUCCUGUGUUCCUGCCUGCUUUUGGAGAGCUCUUCUCAAGACUUUGGCGGGCAGACGCAGUUCAUUUGCACUUCCGUGCCCAAGGAUAUGGACAUUUGCGCAGCCACCUUGCAGAACAGUGUGCCAGGAGAGGACUUGAAGACCACUGUUAUGCAGCUGCGGGAGACGGUUUUGCAGCAGAAAGAGACGAUCAUGAACCAAAAAGAGACCAUCAGAGAACUCACCUCAAAGUUGGCUCGGUGCGAGAGCCAGAGCGGCGCCGAGCCUGGGGACGCGCGCCCCGGGGGCAGGAGGAAAGAUGCCGGGACCAAAAACACAAUGGGAGAUGUAUCAAGGGGCCCCGCUGACACUUUGACGCAACUCUCACAGACUUUACAGUCGCUGAAGCAGAGACUAGAGAAUCUUGAGCAAUUUAGCAGAAGUAACAACUCGGUGCAGGCGAACAGUCUCAAAGACCUGCUCCAAAGUAAAAUCGACGACUUGGAGAAGCAGGUGCUGUCCCGGGUGAACAGCAUCGAGGAGGGCAAGCCCGGACUCCGGAAUGAGACCGAGCAGCGUGGGAGAGUGGAGUCCACCCUCACAACUCUACAUCAGAGGAUCACCGACCUGGAGAAAGGUCAAAGAGAAAACAGGCCCUUGGAUAAAUUCCAGCUCACGUUCCCACUGAGAACCAACUACAUGUACGCAAAAGUGAAGAAAAGUUUGCCAGAGAUGUACGCCCUCACCGUGUGCAUGUGGCUAAAGUCCAAUGCUUCUCCUGGAGUGGGCACACCUUUCUCCUACGCAGUUCCUGGUCAAGCCAACGAGCUGGUCCUCAUAGAGUGGGGAAACAACCCAAUGGAGAUACUAAUAAAUGACAAGGUUGCAAAGCUGCCAUUUCUUAUCAAUGACGGGAAGUGGCAUCACAUCUGUGUGACCUGGACAACUCGUGAUGGUGUUUGGGAAGCUUUCCAAGAUGGUGUCAAGAGAGGUAGUGGAGAGAAUCUGGCUCCAUAUCAUCCUAUCAAACCACAGGGCCUGCUGAUCCUCGGUCAGGAGCAGGACACGCUCGGAGGAGGAUUUGACGCCACACAAGCUUUUGUUGGAGACUUGGCAAAUUUUCACAUCUGGGAUCGGAAACUAUCUGUCGGAGAGAUUUAUAAUCUAGCAACUUGCAGCAGCAAAGCGCAAGUGGGCAACGUUUUUGCAUGGAUGGAGACGAGCCUUGAUAUUUACGGAGGUGCCUCGAAGUGGACAUUUGAAGCUUGUCGUCAGCUCAACUGAGCUCGCAGGGAAAGGAAGAUCAAUGCAAUUGUCAAGGCCACUGUUGUCGCAGCAUCAGUAAACUAAUUUUAAAGAUCAGGAGGCGAGUGUUUCAAUGAAUAGCAUCUGGAUUUGUUAUAGAUAUUUAAAAAAACAUCAUUUGUGGACACCUUGAUAGAUUUUUUUACCAGAUUCACAUGAGGGACAGGUCACUGGAAGUGGACACUUUGGCAUCCUGUGGUGCUUGAAUGCACAUCAGGUCUACUUAUGGUUUCAUUUGAAAAAGCAGCUGAUGCCACUCCAGAGGGCAGAAGAUGCUCUCAGAGACCCAAUCAACAGGUCUGCAUCAAAAGUACAGUAGGAGGUCAUGUAGUUUUUAGUGAACAGAUGUCACGCUAUUCAACAAAAUGACUUCUUCAAACGUCUUUUCUGUCUCGACUGCCAGGGAUUUUCACUGUGAAAAAGGACCAGGUGGACUUCUUUAAAAGGACUGUGUUCUUCAAGAAGUUAUGAAAUAGAUGGUAUUGUUUCUCUCUCACUCUUCUUUCUCCACCACCACCUGCUUCACGUGAUGUUGUGUAAAGAAUGACGUAUAUAUUGCCAACUUUCGAGCCUGAGUGCCUUGGGCUGUUGAAAAAAAAUCUCAGCACAUUCAUUAUUAUUUGCAGUGUUUGUGUUUAUUUUCUGUAAAUUAAUUUCAAAAGAGGAUGGUUUAUAUUGUUUAGUGUAAAAUGCAAUUCAUUGAUGACAAUGGCGCAUUUUGCAGAUGUUUGUUCUUCAUUGGGAAUGUUCUCUGUACAGUAACAGCAUGUCUUAACUUCUGUAAAUGCUGUGUCAGCAUCUAUGACCUUUGCUUUUACCUUCCUACUUUGGGUUGAGAUUUUAUACUGUAUUGUUAUAUGCUUACAGCAUGGCACACCAACAGA